GUGGAAUAUUGAUCUUGAAUCCCACUCGCCUUCCGCUGGCAGGAAGCAGCUUCUCCUUUAUUCGAUUCGAUUUGAUCGACCUAGAGAUUCCAUAGACCAUCUAUCCAUCCAUCUAUACAGCCAAUUCUUAUACAUCCAUACCUGUAUACAGCCAACCACUUACUGACUUACGCAUCACCCACCAUGCGUCAUUUCGACGCCUGGCUCCUCCGCGACCCCUACUCCAUCUUCCACUACUACCCCACCGGUCGACGCUGGCCCGAAACCGUCCGCGAGCUCAUCCACACUCGCCAGAUCUGUAGCCCUGGCAGCUCCCUCACCACCAACACCAACACCAACAUCAACAGUGACCAUGACAGUGACAGCGACAGCGACAGUGACAAUCACCACGACGGCAACAAUAACAAUGAAAUCCCCCCCUUGGACCCAGCCACAACGAGUGCCUCCCAGCCCCAGAGCCCGUUCUUCGCCCGUCUGCCCCCGGAGAUCCGCCUCAUGAUCUACGCCUACGUCUUCGACGCCCCGACCGUUCACCUCGUGCAGAUCCGCGAUCGGGUCCGCCAUGUGCGCUGCGCCGUCGCGAGGAGCAUGCCGCUGGAUCAACAUCGUCUUUGUUGUCCGGUGACGACGGCGAGGUGGCGCAAUGCGGCGAUGGCGGGGGGGGUUAAGGCUGUUGCUACGACCAACACAGACACAAACACAGACACAGACACAAACCCCCCCAACCCACAAAACCCACCCUCGACCCCCCCCCAAACUCUACCCCCACACCCACCCUCCCUCGCCAACAACCUGACCACCCAAACGCCCGCCCUCCUCACCACCUGCCGAGCCAUCUACACGGAAUCCCUCCCCGUCCUCUACACCCUCCCCACCUUCGACACCGACGACCUGCACACCCUCCUCUCCUUCCUCACCACCAUCUCCCCCGUCGCCCGCGCCCACAUCCACCGCCUCACCGUCCAGUUCGCCCCCGUCUGGCAGCCCCUCGCCGGCCAGGAACAUUCCGUUUCGGUCUACGCGCACACGCAUAAUGAUCGUCUCUGGAGGGGGGUGUGGCGCGUUGUCGCCCGGUUGGCGGCGCUGGAGGAGCUGAGGCUGGGGUUGGAUUUGGGGUGUGUCAGUUUGAGUGUUGGGGAGAAUAAUAAUGCGAAUGGGAAUGGGGGUCUGGUAGGGGCUGGGUUGUUGGAGUUUGCCAGGGAUGUGCCCUGGCUGAAGCCGUUGCUGGGGAUACCCUUCUGGCUAUCGCCGAUCCAGGUACCCAUCCAUGUUCUAGUAUCAACAAUCUAG